AUGCAGAACUUUUCCGUAACAUGGCUGCUUGCCAUGGCCUCAUACGCUCAUGCGGGAGCACAGGUUCCAUCAGUCCCGUACAGUGAUCCUGCAGUUGCAGCAGCUAGCAACAUCAUCAUCAAGAGCGGUCUUCAAUCUCUCUGCUCAAGCAUUCUUGGGUACACGGCACCGACAAGCACCGUGACCUCCACCACAACGGUCACGCCGACGAGUAUCUAUGUCGACAUAAUCUACGCAACGACCUACUACACCACGGAUUCCUACACUCGAACCACGACGGCUUACAGCACCAAUGCUCUGCAGCGGCGUAGGUUAACAAGCACAGCAGCAGGCCCAUUGAAAACCUUUGCACCAAAUAUCAUCACUUCUGCCUGCGAAUUGGCAGCACCUCGGGUCACAGUAACGGCUACUGUCACUUCAACUGCACCAGAGAUCACAAGUACUGUGUCGCCGACCGAUUUGCAAAGCCUCGUCUCAUAUGUGCCCAUCGCCACAGCUACAACAACCGUCGGAAUUGACUGCGGUGUCAUAUCGCAAGAGAGUCGAACCGGCGUAGGAGGCCGGUUAAAUGCCGACGGCAUUUAUGAAAGCGGUCUCUACAAUUGUACUACAUCGGCUUUUGAGGAUUAUACCAUCCUCCAGUCACUGUAUAUCUACUCGGUCUCCUACGGAUAUCGAGCUGAUGGAAUUCGAUACUGCGAACUCUACCAGAAAAGGAAGGCGAAGCAGGUUAUCGCCGAGACCACCGCUAAGGGUCCUGAUUUAUUCACUUACUUCGACACGGAAUGCUUCCUGACAAAAUCGACCACGACAGCGGCGAUCGUGGCACCCACGAGCACGAUCUAG